CUUGAAAAUGCCAAAGUUAACGUUGUUAUUUUUUAUUCCAUGACAAUAAAAUGUGUGAAUCCUAAAACCUUUUAUUGAAAUAAUUUAUCAUCAUUUUGUUUGGUUGGUAAAAAUGUAAACCCCUUUAACCAUUUAAUCAAAUUUAUAAUUUUGCAUCAUUAUAUUUUAGCAUUCGAUCAUUAAAAGUUAAUUCUAAAAUUUGACACAUUUAAUAUUUAUUGGAUAGUUCCUUCAAAUCUUAAAUUUUAGAAGGAUUUUUAGUAUUUAUCAGAAUAGAGAUGCCACUAAAAUGCUUUUAGCGUCCGUUUGAAUGCGAUUAAGUGCUUGGUUUAUACUCUCUGAUACUCUUAGAAGAUUCGGGGGAGAAGCAGCGUAAGAAUACUCUAUUCCCCAAAAAAAAUAAAAAAAAAAUACUCUCUCUCUCUAAUUAAUAUUAUUAUUAAUAUAAUUAUUGUGCUUUCGCUUCCGUGUCUUCGGAUUUCAUUGUUUCCUGAAACUUAGGCCGCCUCUAUUCUCCGUUUCCGAAAAAAAAUGUGAAGUGUGUAAAUUAAAAAUGAUAACCAAAUAACAGGUCAUGGCUGAUGAUGAUUUGCAUUUGAAGCUGAACUACCUGGAAAAUAGAGUGACGUUUGCACGGUUGUUCUAUCCGGCUAAAGCGAGGAAUAGGAUAGCUAUGGAGAUGGCAGAUGCUCAUUCAACUUCAACGUGCAUCGGUCUCUCAGCAUCAAAAGGAUCAAAUGGAAACUUAGGAAAGGCUGAUUUGAAUGAAAUACCAUUCAUGCAUAAGGAAAAACUCCAAGAACGAUUACAAGCCCUGUUAAAAACAGUGGAAAGGAGCGGGCGAUUCUUUCCCUAUUGCUCGGUGUGAAGUCCAACCGCACCACCACUGCACUGCCAGUGUGAAGACUGCUCAGCCACCAUCUUUGACAAUGGCCAUUGCUGCAUUUAACACCGAACUCCAACUUGCUCAACAAUUGUGGGCUACUGUCAGAAGCUGUUGAAGAUUGUGGCCAUGCAACCGACUUUGUAAGCUUAUAAAUAGGCUUCAUCCCGUUUCAUGCAAGCCAAGCCAAGAGGGCAAGCUCAAUAUCAUCCCAAGUGAGGAGUAUUGAGAGUAAACUCCGAGAGAGAGAGUAUUUAAGUUCCAGAAAGAGCUUGAGAGAAGAGUGAACAAUUCCAGAGAGAAUUUGACAGUGUAGAGAGAGGUUCCACGUGAGAAUCCUCCACGAGAGAAGUUUUUAUUUUUUGUAUUCUAUUUCCAAGAGAGUAAUAGAAUUCUUUUUAUUUUUCUCAUAUUUCUUCUCUAAAGUGGUCAGAGAACCACAAUAAGUGGUAUCAGAGCUCUAGGUCGAGAGCUUGGGUUCAAAAUUUGAAGUAAUAGAGCCUCUGUUCUUCAAGUUGGUGUUUCGAAAAGUUGCUCAAAUAAUUAAUUUAACAAUACCAGGUGAAAGUACUCGAUGAUAAAAGAAUAACCAAGUUCGCCGGAGAGAAACGCAGACCUUCACGUGCCAGAACGCGCCGUCUGAAAGUUUCUGCAGCAGUUCAUGCGCCUCAUGCGCCGUUUAGAGGUUGAAGACGACCACGUUAGCAGACACGUUAGCGAACCCAGCCACGUCAUCUGCCACGGGACCCGACACGUCGUCAGCCACGCAAUCGACAUAUCAUCUGCCACAUGUUGACACGUCAACACAAUCUGCCACGUCAUCAUAAGUUUUUGAAAUUACGGAACAACCCCUUAAUUGUUGGAAUUUACAGAUUGACCCCUGUAGUUUCUGUAUUUACAUGUUGAUCCAGAAUUUUUGUGAAAUUAUGUUUUUGCCCCAAAAAUUUUGGUAAUUAUAUUUUGACCCCGGAAGAGUCAAGUCCACCAUUUUCGGCCGUUCUGGACGCAACGGUUAACUCCGUUUUGCCAAAUUCGGUUCCAUUUUUGGUCAAGCCAUAAUGUCAAUGGAAGAAUCAUCUUCGGGAGCUAUGGUUAAGCUUACUGCCACAAAUUAUACACUUUGGAGAUCUCGGAUGGAAGAUCUCCUCAAUUGUAAAGAUCUGUUUGAUCCUAUAGAAGCUAAAGGAGAAAACCCCGAUCCCAGCAAAGAAGCAGAAUGGAAGAAAUUAAACAAGAAAACGAUCGGUCAGAUCAGGCAAUGGAUCGACCACAGUGUCUUCCAUCAUGUAGCGAAGGAAACGGAUGCAUAUGCCCUCUGGAAAAAAAUUGGAGGACAUGUACCAGGCCAAGACUGCUCGGAACAAAGUCCUGUUGCUUAAGCGAUUGGUAAAUCUAAAAUUACAGAGUGGAACUUCUGUAGCCGAGCAUACCAAUGAGUUCCAGAGCUUGGUAAAUCAACUAUCUGCUCUGGAUUACCAACUAGGGGAUGAGGAUCAGGCCCUCCUACUUCUAAGCUCUCUUCCAGACAGUUGGGAAACAUUGGUAGUCUCUCUCAGCAAUUCGACCCUGAAUGGCAAACUUACUAUGACAAUGGUUAAGGAUGCCCUAUUUAAUGAAGAGGCCAGGAGAAAGGACAUUGGCAUGGAUCAGUCACAUGCCCUCGUCACAGAGAGAGGAAGACAGCAAAAAGGUGGUCUAGAU